GCUCUCCAGAAGUACCUGCAGUACCUAAAGUACCUGAAGUACCUGGAGUACCUGAAGUACCUGGAGUACCUGCAGACCUCCACCAUGAUCAAGUCUCUGAGUGUGUCCUCUGAAUGCUCCCUCCCUUCGGCGGAGGACGAUGUGGACUCGGUCUGCUCCGACGAGCUGCUCGGGUCUCAGUCCCGCCGGUGGCUGGCGGAGCUGCUGACCGAGGACAUGCCUCCGGAGAGCGGGGACGUGAACACGGUGGGUCGGGACGGGCUGUUCGUGGAUUAUCACUUUCCUCUGGGGGAGCUGGAGAUGAACUCUGGGGUCAGAUGGAAGAGACCGAAGGAGCUGUGUUCGUCUCCUCAGUUCAUCGUGAAAGGAGCGACACACCUGGACAUCCGUCAGGGAAAACUCAACGACUGUUGGUUUCUUUCUGCCAUCGCGUCCCUGGCUGUGCACCGAUCUCUGCUCGUCAAGGUCGUUCCUCUAGAACAGAGUUUCCAGAAUGGGUACAACGGAAGCUUCACCUUCAGGUUCUGGCAGUACGGUCAGUGGGAGGAGGUGAAAAUAGACGACUUGUUGCCGACUCAGAACAACAACCUGAUCUACCUCAGCUCCCCCGACAGACACGAGUUCUGGAGCUCGCUGCUGGAGAAGGCCUAUGCCAAGUUGAAGGGCGGCUACAGAGCUCUGGACAUGGGCUUGCCUCACGAGGCAAUGGUGGACAUGACGGGCGGCGUGUCGGAGGUGUUGAACAUCUCCUCGCUGCCCAGAAACCUCCCGGCCUUCCUCAAACACCUUCUGUCUAAAGGAGCGCUCAUCAACUGCGCCAACUGUCUGGGUGAUCUGGAAACAAAAAAUGAACUGGGGAUCAUGUACAGACAUGCCUACUCUCUGACAGCAGUAGAAAAGGUGGAGACGACAUAUGGCCCCGUGGAUUUGGUGCGAAUCCUCAACCCCUGGGGCAACACGGAGUGGCUGGGUCCCUGGAGUGAUGUGAACGGUCCGGAGUGGAGUACAGUGAGCCCCGAGGAGCAGAAACGAUUGCACAGAGUCAGACGGGAGGACGGUGAGUUCUGGAUGUCGGCGUCGGACUUCGUAAAGCAGUUUGAGACCAUGGAGGUGUGUCACCUGACCGGCACCCUCAGUGAGCAGGGCUCCGGCGUAACGCCUUGGUGCUACAUCAUGCUUCAUGGGAACUGGGUGCCGAGCAUCUCAGCAGGAGGAUCUCCCCAAGGAGGCUUGUUCUGGCAGAACCCUCAGUUCAACUUCGUCCUGCCAGAGGACAGCGGCAACUCUCAGAAGACCUGCUCCUUUAUUUUAGCUCUGAUGCAGAAACACUGCAGACGUAGAGGCAUCGACUUGUCCAUCGCCCUGCAUGUAUUCCCGGUCCACCACACAAAAACAUACUUGUCUCCUGAGGACCUCAAGGCCAUCCGCCCCGUCCUCUGCAGCCCCCAUUACUCCUCACGUCGGGAGGUGGUUCUUCGUGGUUCUCUUCCACCUGGUUCCUACAUCAUCAUCCCCUCCACCACAGAGCCCAAUCAGCAGGGGGCGUUCCUCCUGCGGAUACUGACGGAGCAUGGGAACAAGGCCGCUCCAGCAAACCAACCACCACAAGACAUCAUUUCACAAACUGAGCCGUCACAUCCUCACCAGGCUGCACUCCCUUCUCCUAAAUCCACCAGACGUCUGUUUCUGAAACACUGCAACAAGAAGGGGAUUUGCAAACCAGUGCAUCUCUACAGCCUCCUGACUGAGGCCAUACAGGGAGGAGUGUUGGCCGGCAGUGAGAAGAAUCUGGCUCUGGAGCACUGCAAGAGUCUGGUGGUCCUCACGGAUACUCAGGGCACCGCUCGGCUGAACUGGCUUGAGUUCCAGGGUCUGUGGGACAUGAUCAAGAGGUGGACGGACAUCUUCCUGGUGUUUGACAAGAACAAAACCAAGCGUCUGGAGUAUCAGGAGGUUGCUCCAGCUCUGAAGGCUGCAGGGAUCACGGUGGACGACCUGGUGAUGCAGCUGGUUGGCCUGAGAUACACUGAGCCCGACAUGACCAUCAGCUACCCUGGCUUCUUGUACCUGGUGAUGAAACUGGAGAGCAUGAUACAUAAAUUCCAAGCGUACGACGUGGCAGGAAUGGGAAAGAUAGCAGUCAGCUACAGACGGUGGCUCCACAUGACCAUGUACAACUGACCUGCUCCACUCACACACUCACCAGGAUUCCCUCAGCUCUUUAUUCAUUUUCUUUUCACUGCUUGAUCUCAACGUGUGAUUUCUGUUUUAUUUGUCUGUGUGAACGAUGUCAAGUGUAGUUCAGUGACCGAAGCAUGAAGCGGACAAAGAUUGUGACACUGUGCCUUUAGUUCCUCCUCCUGCACGAUGUCAUUGUAUAUCCACGGAAACACCCGGGGUCAAAGGGCAAACACGGACGUGCUGCUGUGGUGUAAAGUGAAGUGUAUGAUUCACUUUUGAACGGAACAGAAUGAAACUUGAAGAUGUUGCUUCAGCCUGAAUUUAGAUUUGGAGUCAGAUUGUUUUGUGGAAACAGUUUCGUUCAUAAAUGAUAUUUUACAAGAUCUGGGACGGGUAAAUCCAAAUGAUAUAAACCCCAGUUCUUCUUCGAAAUAAUGGGGAACAUUUGGAAUAAAUGUUCAAAUGAUCUUAAUACAGUCUAAUAAAUAAUGCAGUUUAAAUUUUUACUACAUGACUCUAAAGUAAAGUAUAACUGCGAGCUAACGCUCGACAAAAUCACAAGUGUUUGCUGUCCUGGCUCUUCGAUGGUGGAACGAGCUCCCCAUUGACACCAGGACAGCAGCAAGUCUUCAUAUCUUCUGCCGCAGACUAAAGACACAUCUCUUCCGACUACCACUUAUAUGGUAGCACUUUGUAAUUUGGCUUUUUUGGAGCAAAAUGUACUUGGUUCUUGUUGUUCUGAAUGCUUUGGAGGAAAGCGUCAGCUAAAUGAAAUGUAAUGUAAAGUUGCAUUAACUUUUUCAACACCUAUCACCAAGGUGUGAUAAAUGUAGGAGGAUUUUGGACGGACUCGGACACUCGGACUUGUGCUCUCUUUCUUAGAAGGAAUGGAUAAAUAAGUUGCAUUAUUCUUGGAUUCUAGAAGACGUUCUAGGUUAGGUUUGUGGGAAUUGUUAGGUUUUUGUGUUUUUCUCAUCCCUCCUCUGUGAUAAUGUUUUCUGAAAUUAAAAUGUAUGUUUAACGAAUGUUUCC